AUGCCGCCCAAGCCAUCUGCCAAAGGGAGCCAAGAAGGCCGCCAAGACCCAAAAAGGUAUCGACUGGAACCAAGAAGCGCCAUCACAAGCGCAAGGAGUCCUACUCCGUCUACAUCUACCGUGUUCUGAAGCAGGUAUUGAUUUUUGUUAAAUUUUAAAACACUCAUUUUGUUAAUCGACCAGACUCAACCUUUUUUUUUAAAUUGAAUAUAUUCAUAAGGAUUUUUCCAAAUAGAGAAUGCAGAAUAGAAUAUUGCGAAAUUGAAGAUUUUUUGAACAGAGCUUCUAUAUAGUAAUCAUAGAUAAGUGUUCGUGCAGUCCUAAACUUUCGCCUUUUUAUUGCGAAAUCGAAGAUUUUUUUAUUUUCUAUUCUAUUUUCUAAAUUAUUUUUCAGGUGCACCCCGACACCGGAGUCUCCUCGAAGGCCAUGUCGAUCAUGAACUCUUUCGUGAACGACGUCUUCGAGAGAAUCGGUGCUGAAGCCUCGCGCCUUGCUCAGUACAACAAACGGUCGACGAUAUCUUCUCGCGAAAUCCAGACGGCGGUCCGACUGAUCCUUCCUGGAGAGCUGGCCAAGCACGCCGUGUCCGAGGGAACCAAGGCUGUCACCAAGUACACUUCCAGCAAGUAA